AUGGAGGCGACAUGGGCACCGCCAGACAGCGCCUCCUACACGGCCUUCUUCGACGCAGCGCGGCAGGGCACCGUCGACGAGAUACGGGCAGCGUACUCCAGCGAGAUCGAUAUCAAUGCGCUGCAGGGCGACGGGUUCGAGGGCAUGUCGGCCCUGCACCUCGCGUGCUUCCACAACGGCGACGUCGAGGUGGUCCGCUUCCUGCUCGACCACGGCGCGGAGGUCAACAUCCUCGACCGAGACCGCGCGGGAAACUCGUACCCCUUGCACUGGGCGGCCAACAGGGACCGCGCGGACAUCGUGAAGCUGCUGCUGGACAGGGGCGCUGAGAAGAGCCGGAAGGGCUUCGACGGGCGGAAUGCGCUGGGGAUGGUGCUCUACUACUCGCUCUCGCCGCGCAAGGUCGAGCCAAAGCAGAUGGAGACCAUCCAGGUCCUGCUCGACCAUGGCUUCUCGGUCGACGAGUCCGGCAUGCUAUUCGAGGCUGUCCUCUCUCGCGACCAGUAUCUCAUCAAGUUCCUGCUCGAUCACGGAGGAUCCAUAAACCCGCCGUCUCCCAAGGACCCGUCUCUCCUCGGUCAUGCUGCCGGGUUCACGGACUACGAGACCGUCAAGUUUCUCCUCGACAACGGUGCGGUGCUGGAUAACCCUACAGACGGCAGCCCCAGCUCCGUCCUGGUCAGUGCUGCCUCGACCGGCAACCUCUCGGUCGUCAAGCUGCUGCUGGAGAGCGCAGACCCGGAGAUCAUCAGAAAGUCCAGCAGGGCCAUCAGUGCUGCUGCGGCCUCGGGCCAUCUCAAGGUUGUCGAGAUGCUGCUGGAUUCCAACAUGAGCAUCGACGGUGACUGUGCCCUUGGAUACCAAUCUCCUCUUCAUGCUGCUUGCUUUACCGACCAGCCUUCCCCAGAACUCGUCAAGUUCCUGCUCAGCCAAGGUGCAAGCGUAAACUCCCUGGAUGAUAGACUCAAUACCCCACUACAUCUACACGUCUCUACUUCCCAGCCGGAUGAAAGAGUUGUUCGGCUCCUCCUAGAUGCCGGCGCAGAUCUCUCGGCCAGAAACACCAACGGUGAAACCCCACUGCUAAGAGCAGUAUCCGCGCUACACUGUCCCUACCAGCACGGAAACCCGCAUGACCCCCAAGGCAGCGCCUCCGUAGUCCUCCUUAGACGGCUCCUCAGGGCCGGAUCCGACAUCACAGCUUUAGAUCAUCUCGGCCAAACAGCUCUGCACAUACUAGCCUCGAACUCCCCCGCCUGCACUCCCGGCGAAUGUCCCGAAAAGGCAGCGCAGGUGCUGCUGGACAUGGGAGUGCCAAUCGAUUCGCUCGACAACAAGGGCCGCACCGCAAUCGACAUCCUCCUCGAGAAACACACUAUAGAAUCCAGGCUGAUUCUGCACACCAUUGAGAAUUUCAAGCUACAUCAGCUUUCCCCUUCUUCGCUAUAA